UUAUACGACUUUUUGAUUUUGAUUACUUUUAUUAUGAAAAAUUAAAGAAAAGACAUUUAAUGAAUAUUUAAUAAACUUCGAUCACUAUUUGAACACAAUUAAUCUAAUAAUUAUAAUAAUUCACACUCAGUACAUUGUGGAAUGUACGAGGAGGAGCUACUGUGUUACGCAGCUCUGCAUGAUGCCACCCGAAAAAUAUCUAAUAAACACGAAGAAUUCGUGUCUUAUUGACUAUCAACGUAACAUUUUACCACUUGACCAUGUAUACGUGGCAACAGAGCAAAGUUGUUGAGUGCUCUGUCACUUCCUAGUCAAAAGAAAUUCUUCAAGCACAAACAAUAAUAUAUUUACAGUGUUAAAAUAGUGAAAUACGGUGUUAAUCUAAAAUAGUGCUGUCAAAUAUUCCACUGACAUAUUUAACUGUCUGUCACGAUAUUGAUAGAGAAUCUUUCUGUGUGUAUAUUAACGUAUCAGCAAGCGUCGGUUUAUGUAUUACAUGUGCAACCUGUAUUAAACUCUACGGUUACCGUUUAUUGAGUGUAUCUGAGAAUAAAUACGAUUCAAAAUUUGUUAAAAACAUGUUGUACAUUAAUUAAUUAAUUAAUCGAAGUGCAUAAGAAAAAUAUACGCAUACACCUUUGUAUGAAUGAAUAUGUAAACAUAUAUAUAUGUAUGUACACACACUUCUUUGCACGUAUCUACGAAGGUGUUGGAAUUUACAAAUAUUUCAAAAAGUCGAUAAAAGCAAGAAUCAAUUAUACCUGUACGUUAUUCCAGUUGAAAUAUUUAUGGCUUCUAUAAAUACGACAAGCUAAUGUUGACUAAAUUUCAUUUUAAACUUACACGGUAUUUCGUCUCUUGGAGCAUUUUAUAUAUUAUGAAGAUAACCUGAUGGAAAAACAUCAUAGACUAUGAGGAGAAAGCAUCAAGAAUAUUGCUACUAAUGGUGCUUUGGCACUGUUAUUACUGUCCUCCUAAUAACACAAUGGAGGAGCCAGCAAAGAAGAAACAACGUAUUGAGAAUAAUGAAGUUGAAAGAGAUACAUUAUCAGAUAUUGAGCAGCUACAGAAUAGUUUGUUAGCGCAAUGUUUAUGUAACGUACCAGAAAGCAGUCUACGUAAACCGUUCACUAGUGCAACAGUGGAAUCUGCUGAUGGCACUUUUCGAUCUUCGAUAUUAUCAGAAUGGGAACCUGAUCAAACAUUAGAAUUUAUAAGUGCUUUACAGCUUUUAUUUGAUUUAGCUAUUAAACAAAACACUAGAGGCGUUAUGUGCAGAAGAGUGGUAGAUGUUUGUGAUGCGCUGGCGCGAAACGAGCAUGGGAUUAUAGAUCAAAUAAUUGACCUAUCUUCUACAACAAACAAAUUUAUAUCAUUUGCUGCUAGCAGAGUUCUUGCAUCAUUUUUUAUUGUAACAAAGGAAAACAUUGAAACAGCAUGGUUAGAGAAACUAACUCAAUCUUUGGUGAAUACUCAUUCUCCGAGUCAAAUGCUUUUUACCUUAGAUGUUGUAAAAAGAGUUGUAGAGCAUAAGGACUGCGGUAUGCAUCCCCUUGAAGAUACUGAAACUAUGGUGACACCGUCGCACUGUAACACGAUAUCAGUUUCAGAUGCAGAAAGUUUUGAUAGUACACCUGUAAAAGCAAUGUGUGUCAAAGCAUUAGAAUCCAAAUGGACCAUCCUAGUAUCAAAAUUUGAUGCCAUUCUUAGUUCGUAUACACCUCAGCACGAGUCAGUUGUCAUUACAUUUCUUGACUUAUGGGAGUCAAUUAUUUCUGUAAAAGCUAAUUUAUCUGUUAUAGAUACCAAACUUUUCUAUUCUCAAUUAGAUAAUUUGGUUGUACUAUUAAAUGCUAGUGUUCCUGGUGUCAUUUGGAGACAUCUUCUUGGAUUAUUUAACGAAGUACUCUGUUAUGGAAGUACUUUAGCAUUGCAAGAUAUACUUCCAGAUGAACCUUGUUCUCUUGCACACUUAAUUGUACGUGCGGUAAAAGAUUGGAGAUUAUUAGAUGCCUUACCAUACAGGCAUGGUUCUGGAAGAUUUGGAGGAGGUUCCGGUGAAGGAGAUCGACCCCUUCUACAAAAAAUUGUGCUUUUAGUUUUAAAAAGUGUUGCUGUGACAGUUAAAGAGACACGUAGCGAUUCCAGUGAUUCUUCGUUGGGUUCAGAAGCAGAAGAUCUUGAUGCUGAUAUGGCAGUUAUCGAGAGGAGUAUAAGAGAAGUUUUAAGGCAGCUCGACCAAUGUGUUAAAACAUUAAUGCCAUUCCAUCCUGAAAUGCCUUUGUCGCAAUGGGUUGUGCAGAUGUUUCAUGAUCAAGACGAUUUUUUGAUCGAAGGCAUGGUAUGCUGUUUGGAUGUAGCAGUUGGUUUGUUUUACAGAGGACCUCCACAGAAUGAUCUUGGUCAUAUGCUUAGUCCCACUUUAACUUUUAUACAAUUUAUACACGCGGUAUCACAUGAUCCAGAUGUUCUGUUAGAUUUACUUGUUAGUAAUGAAACCUGUUUCUUAUUAUACUUAUUGAGAUUCUUGAAAUAUGUUAAAAGAAAUUGGACAGAGUUCGUCUCAUGUUGUGGAAGAGAAUUAGACGAUACCAUGACAAUAUUAAUAAGACUUCGUUUAGCAAUUGACAGAUUAGUAUCUAAAGCUUUGUUUCCUUAUAACAUAAACCCAGUUCUACGUUUGUUAGAAAAAUGUGAGUCCUUCUAUGAAGGCAAUAUAGAAAACUAAUUAUUUUGGUUGUAUCAUGAGAUUUGAAAUUCAAUUCAUUAGAUUAAUGUACAAACUGUAAGAAUAAAAAUAUUUCACAUCUGGCUUAUUUUACCAGCCAGAAAAUAAUACUGUAUAGCAUUGUUAACUUCGUUUUGAUAAACGACUGAAUUACACUAUUUUCGUGUGUAGUACUGAAUGCCUAAAUUAAUAUUAGAGGAUUCAGAAAAAAAAGCAAUUUUAUUUAUUAUAUUUAGCAAAAUUUUAUUCAUUCAGAAGUAUUGUUGAAUUUUUAUCCAAGAGUAAUGUAUUGCAUUUCAUAGUUGAAGUAUAAAUGGGUUAAAGUAGUACAAAGAUUAGCUAAAAUUAUAUGCUUCAAAAUGAAACUGCACUUCUAUGGUGCUAUGAGAACGUAUUUGCCAAAGCACCAUUGGAAAUAAAUUUAAAUGUAUACUAUUAGAAUAAUAUUUAUAUGUAUACAUAAACACUAAAUGUACAAUUUGCCAGUCAAAUAGAAUUGUGUAAGCUGGAUUCUGAUGUACACCAUUUUAUGUACUAAAUGCUUUUGUACAUUAUAUUAAAUUUGUAAUUAAAUUUAUAAAAA